AUGUCGGCUUUCAAUUUUACUGCCACUCGGCCCACUUUUUCCUUCAUUGGUAUCCCUGGUCUGGAGGCUGCACGUAUGUGGAUCUCAAUCCCCUUCUGUAUCCUGUACCUGGUAGCGCUUGGGGGGAACGUUCUUCUCCUCCUUCUAGUGAGAGCAGAGCAGAACCUUCAUGAACCCCAGUUCUAUUUUUUGGCCAUGCUAGCCCUCACGGACUUAGGCCUCUCACUGUCCACAAUGCCCAGCGUCUUGGCCAUCUUCUGGUUUGAUGUCCACCAUGUUGGUCUGGAUGCCUGUCUGACGCAAAUGUUCUUUAUCCACACUCUCUCCUCGGUAGAGUCAGGUGUUCUGGUGGCCAUGGCCUUCGACCGCUUGGUUGCUAUCUGUGCUCCACUCUCUUAUACCAGGAUCCUGAAUCACCACACUGUUAUCGGCCUCAGUGGAGCUGCCCUCCUACGAGGAGCCACUCUGUUGGCCCCUCUGCCUUUUUUCCUCAGGGCGUUUCCUUUCUGCGGGACCAAUAUCCUCUCACACUCGUAUUGCUACUACCCAGAUAUGCUGAACUUGGCCUGUGGAGACGUCACGUUUAGCAGUAUCUAUGGACUGGUCUGUGUACUCUGCACAUUUGCGGUAGAUGUGAUCUUCAUCUUAGCUUCCUACAUGAAGAUCUUGGGCGCUGUGAUGAAACUGGGGAUCCAAGAUGGAAACUGGAAAUCCCUGCACACCUGUGUCUGUCACCUCUGCACGGUGCUGGUGUUCUAUUUGCCGCUCAUCAGCCUUGCAGUACUGCAUCGCUACACUAAGGAAACCUCUCCUGUUCUCUACACCAGCAUGAGCAACGCCUACCUGCUCAUGACCCCGCUGCUAAAUCCUCUGGUUUAUAGUCUCAAAUCCAGGCAGAUCCAAGCCGCCCUGCGCAAGCGAUUUGGGGUGCAACGUGUUCUGGCUGGGGAAUGA